CCACCUUCCCAGAGAUGUGGUACGGCGUGUUCCUGUGGGCGCUCGUGUCCUCGCUCGCCUUCCACCUGCCCGCCGCGCUGCUGGCGCUCUUCACGCUGCGCCGCCACAAGUACGGGCGCGUCAUGUCGCUGAGCCUCCUGCUCAUGGGCGUCGUGGGACCCAUCACGGCCGGCAUCCUCACAAGUGCUGCCAUUGCUGGAGUAUACAGAGCUGCCGGGAAGAAGAUGAUCCCGUUCGAAGCCCUCAUCCUGGGAGUGGGCCAGACGUUCUGCGUGGUGGUGGUCUCCUUCCUGCGGAUUUUAGCUACCCUAUAG